UGCCAGGACACUCUACAUCAGUUCCUUUAACAGUUGUCUCAAACGCAGACAAAAAAUGUCUGUAGUCUACUCAAAACUGCCCUCUCAACUGAAGAGGUCGUCAGCAGCAAAGAAAGCAGUUUUUCUUCUUGUUGCUGCUUAUGGAGCGAAAAAACUUUACACCUACGUUUCUGAAAGACCUAAAGGAGGAACUAAUCCCCAGCGUGAAAAACUUGAUCUGCCUCACGCGAAUGGAGAACCAUUAGAGGUGACAGAGAGACAGAAGAGAAAGAAGAACUCACCAGCGGUGAACCGUGAAUUCCUGCUGCGUUUGAGGCAUCUACUACGUAUCUUGUUCCCCCAUCUCUUCUGUAAAGAACUUGGCCUACUGGGCUUCCACUCAGUGGCUCUGAUCUCGCGUACCUUCCUAUCUAUUUAUGUUGCCAACCUAGAUGGCAAAAUAGUGAAAACCAUAGUGAAAAAGGACCCCCAGGCUUUUGUGUGGGAGUUAACCAAAUGGCUUCUCAUUGCAAUCCCAGCUACAUUUGUGAACAGUGCUAUCCGUUAUCUUGAAGGGCAGCUCACCCUUGCCUUUCGUACUAGGCUGGUGAGCCAUGCAUACCAGCUCUACUUCAGCAACCAGACCUACUACCGCGUCAGCAACAUGGACGGCAGACUGGCUAACCCAGACCAGUCGCUCACAGAAGAUGUAGUGAUGUUUGCAGGUUCUGUGGCUCACCUGUACUCCAACCUAACAAAGCCCAUCCUGGAUGUCAUCAUGACCUGCUACACACUGAUCAAAACAGCAGAGUCCAAGGGUGCCAACACUACAUGGCCGUCAGUGAUCGCUGGCAUUGUGGUGGCACUCACAGCCAAAAUCUUGCGGGCAUUCUCGCCACGUUUUGGCAAGCUGGUGGCUGAGGAGGCCAAGAGGAAGGGAGACCUGAGGUACAUGCAUUCACGCAUCAUUGCUAACUCGGAGGAGAUUGCCUUCUACGGGGGUCACAAGGUGGAGAUGUCGCAGCUGCAGAGGAGUUACGAGGCAUUGCGCUCACAGAUCAACCUGAUUCUUUUUAAGCGCCUGUGGUACGUCAUGCUUGAGCAGUUCCUCAUGAAGUAUCUGUGGAGUGCCUCAGGACUUGUCAUGGUUGCUGUCCCCAUCAUCACUGCUAUAGGGUACUCCAAACACGAUUCCGACGAUGUGAAGCAGGCAGCGAUGGUGAUGAAAGAGGAAGAUUUAGUGAGUGAGCGCACAGAGGCCUUCACAACUGCCAGAAACCUUUUGAACGCAGGAGCUGACGCUGUGGAGCGGAUCAUGAGCUCCUAUAAGGAGGUGACUGAGCUGGCUGGCUACACUGCACGUGUGCAUGAGAUGUUUGAGGUGUUUGAGGAAGUGCAUGUCGGGGUGUAUAGACGCUCUGCGGUGGAGUCGGAGGGCCGAGAGAUGCGUGGUUCAGGGGUGGUAAAACAUGGUAUGAGAUUGGAGGGACCCCUACACAUUAAAGGUCAAGUCAUUGACGUAGAGCAAGGCAUCAGAUGUGAGAACCUGCCCAUUAUAACACCCACAGGUGAUGUGGUUGUGUCCAGUCUCAACAUCAAGGUGGAUGAAGGAAUGCACUUGCUAAUCACUGGUCCUAAUGGCUGUGGUAAAAGCUCGCUCUUCCGCAUCCUGAGCGGCCUGUGGCCUGUGUACUGUGGCGUGCUGUAUAAACCUCCUCCUCAGCACAUGUUCUACAUCCCUCAGAGGCCGUAUAUGUCGGUGGGUACUUUGCGUGAUCAGGUGAUUUAUCCUGACACGGUUCAGGAGAUGCUGGGAAAGGGCUUUAGUGACCAGCAGCUGGAGGAAAUCCUGCGCACUGUUAAUCUCCUCUACAUUCUAGAGAGGGAGGGCGGUUGGAAUGCAGAGAGUGAUUGGAAGGAUGUCUUGUCUGGGGGAGAGAAACAGAGAAUGGGCAUGGCCAGGAUGUUCUACCACAAACCCAAAUACGCUCUGCUGGACGAAUGCACCAGUGCCGUCAGCAUCGACGUGGAGGGGAAAAUCUUUGAAGCCGCAAAGGAUGAUGGGAUUGCACUUCUAUCAAUCACACACCGCCCGUCUCUGUGGAAGUACCACACCCAUCUGCUGCAGUUUGACGGCGAGGGCGGCUGGCGAUUUGAGAAGCUCGAUGCAUCCACCCGCGUCUCGCUGCAAGACGAGAAGCUUCGGCUAGAGACGCAGCUCUCCGGGAUUCCCAAGAUGCAGCAACGCCUGGCUGAGCUUUGCAGCAUCCUAGGAGAAGACGGCGGUCUGCUGAGUCCCUCUGAGGUGGAGGGGGAGCGGCAGGGAAUGGAGAUGAGGGAGGAGAGGCAAGAGAAAGAUGUGACUCCUGGCGAACGUGGAACAAGCCUUAUGGAGUGAUUUUGUGCCAGGAGACACAGAUGAUUUCAAUGCCAGCUGUUUUUGUGUGUGUGUGUGUUCAUGUGUGUGUCCGUCCAUGUGGGCUAAUGAAGAAUCUCAAAUCAGAAUGAUUAGUGCAGGUCUUUGGGGGCCUUCCCUAACUGUGGGUUGGUGUGUGCAUGCAUGUUUCUGCUUGUAUGACAAGCUGACGUGUGUGUGUGUGUGUGUGUGUGUGUGUUGGAGUCGUUAAAAAGCAUGAGGCAGGUGCCAGGUUAUUUAGGUGCAACUCAUGAUGAAAUCUAUGCAGUCCCAUGUUAUUACAGUUCUGUUCACACAAGUUCUCUGGCACCUUGGUUGUGUGUGUGUGUGUGUGUGUGUGUGUGUGUGUGUGUGUGUGUGUGUGUGUGUGUGUGUGUGUGUUUUAUUGGAGAAAGGGCUGAUCGCAGACUGUAGUUGCAUUGUUUAGUUUAACUGCAGUUACAUACUCAAGAUGCUGAUAAAGACUUUAGGGAUUACCACUCAGUGCUGUAGUUUCUCCAGUUUGUGCCUUGUGAUUUUUAAAUGUUGUAUUAAAACUACCAACCACUUAAUGGAGUAGUUUCUAAACUUUGAAUUAGGGGUGAGCAAUAUGACAGAAUUUUAUUAAAUAUUAAUAUAAAAGUCA